GUAGAAGAAGACGCUUCUUCAACAACAACACGGCUACUGAUUCAGCCAUCUCUGUACCGGUAGCUUGUUAGCCAACAUAAAACCGACCCAUUGCAUCACUUUAGACCAUUUUUUUACAUGAAUAGUAGUGUUUCAAACCCAAUUCGGAUAACGUAUGUACUAGUUGAUUUAAACGGAAUUUGCAAUUUAAGAUUGAUACUGAGCCUAGCACCAGGGCAGUCGCUCAUGCUAGCUAGCUAACAUCCCCGACAAUGAGCUCACAAAGCUUCUCCCCCGCUGCUGAAAAAGAGGUCUGCUGGACAGAGAAAGAACCUCUGGGGCUGAACAUUGUCGUAAAAGAAGAAGACGGGGAUACAGUAAAAGGAGAGGAAGAAGCUUUCAGAACGACGAAUGAGAAAGAAGAGGCUAUCACAUUGAAAGAAGAAGAGGGGGCUGUUAUGGUGAACGAAGAGAAAGGACCUUUUGUAGUGAAAGAGGAAGUAGACGAAUUCAGAAUGAAAGAGGAGACUAUCACAUUGAAAGAAGAAGAAGAAGAAUAUUGUAUAAUGAAAGAGGAAGAGAUGGCUAUCUCAAUAAAGGAGGAGGAAGACGUUUUGGAACUGAAAGAGGAGGCAGGAGGGGAGACUGAAGACACCAAACCUAGGCAAAAUGCUGUUUUCUGGCCCUCCCAGGGCUGUAUAGUGAAACAGGACAUCAGAAAGAUACAGGAAGAAUAUAGUGUGGCUCCCAUGAGUCCCAGCCAGACUGUUGAUGAUGAUGGCAAUGUUAUUCACUGCAAUGAAGAAUGGGACAUGGAGGACAAGGAUUGGUUUCCUAGCAACCGGCUGGAGGACACGUCUUUCCCGCCCCCCUCCCCUCUCCCGGAGUCCCCAGGUCGUGCCUCACUGUGGGGUCUGAAGAGGGUGUCUGUGUGGCUAGUCGAUUGCAGGAAAACACCAGGGCUGAGUGGAACUGCGAGAGAAGGAGAUGAAAAGGGAGAUUCAGAUUCAAUGUCAUCAGGAGAGAGACUAGACUCUCACUCGAACAGCGGAAAGUGUACUUCAGGGAAACCAGACCCAGAGAUGCCCAAACCAGCGAGACAACACCGCUGCUCGCAGUGUGGAAAGAGUUUUACUAAGUUACGGAACCUAACAGAUCAUGAAAGAAUACACACAGGAGAAAAGCCUUACCACUGCUCACAAUGUGGAAAGAGUUUUACUCAGUCAGGGCACCUAAAAACACAUGAGAGGACGCACACAGGAGAAAAGCCUUACCCCUGCUCCCAAUGUGGAAAGACUUUUACCCGGUUAGGGCACCUUAAAGACCAUAAGAGAACGCAUAAAGGGGAGAAGCCUUACCACUGCUUUCAGUGCGGAAAGAGUUUCACCCAGUCAGGGAACCUGAGAACGCAUGAGAGAAUACACACUGGGAAAAAAAACACACACCCUGUAGAGAGGCCUUUCCAAUGCGCUCAGUGUGGAAAGAGAUUUAUCCGGUCAACUCAUCUGAAAGAGCAUAAGAGAACACACACAGGAGAAAAAACAUUCCAAUGCACUCAGUGUGGAAAGGGUUUUACUUGGUUAUGGACCCUGAAAGACCAUGAAAGAACACACACAGGAGAUAAGCCUUUCCAAUGCUUCCUGUGUGGAAAAAGUUUUACCCAUUUAGGGAACUUAAAAAUGCACAAGAGAAUACACACAGGAGAGAAGCCUCACCACUGCUCCCAGUGUGGAAAGAGUUUUACCCAGUUAGGGCACCUGACAACACAUGAGAGGACACACACAGGAGAGAAGCCUUUCUACUGCUCCCUGUGUGGAAAGAGUUUUACUGAGUUAGGGAGCCUGAAAAAACACAACAGAAUACACAAAGGAGAGAAGCCUUUCCAGUGCUCCCUGUGCGGAAAGAGUUUUACCCAGUUAGGUAGCCUGAAAACACAUGAGUGGACACACACAGAAGAGAAGCCUCACCUCUGCUCACAGUGUGGAAGGGGUUUUGUUGAGUUAAGGGGCCUGAAAGAGCACGAGAGAAUACAUACAGGGGAAGAGAAAACAUACCACUGUUCUCAUUGUGGGAAGGGUUUCGGGCGAUCAGGGCAUCUAAAAGUGCAUGAAAGAACACACACUGGCGAGAAGCCGUAUCAGUGCUCUCAGUGUGAAAAGAAAUUUUUCUCAUCAGGGGACCGGAAAUCACAUGAGAGAACACACUUAGUAGAGAGGCAGAGGGCUUUCCAAUGCUCUCAGUGUGGGAAGAGAUUCAUCCAGUCAUCUCAUCUGAAAGAUCACAUGACAAUACACACGGGAGAAAAACCAUUCCAAUGUUCUCAGUGUGGAAAAGGUUUUACCAGGUUAAGGAGACUGAAAACACAUGAGAUGACACACACAGGAGAUAAAUAAUCCUUUCAAAUCCUCUUAGUGUGAAAAAGCUUUUACCCGGUUAGGACACCUUAAAAUGCAUGAGAUGACAUGCAGGGAAGAAGCCUUUCCACUGCUCCCAGUCUGGAAAGAGUUUUACCUAGUCAAGAUACUUGAAAAAAACAUGCGCUAACACACUUUUCAGAGAAUCCUUGAAUAAAUCCACACUGCAGGAAAAUAUAUUUUUAUAUGAUUAAGUUAACUCAUUGAUUCUACUUUGUUGUAUACCCCUCAGGUCUAAGUUUGCGAAAAAGAAACCAGGCCCAGUCCUUGCCGUUCUGCCACUCUAGGCGAGAAAAUAAAUUGCCGCCAUCCUCCUCUCUCUGCAAAACUAGAAUAGUGUGCCGUGUCCACCCAGUGGUGGAAAAAGUACCCAAUUGUCAUACUUCGGUAAGAGUAAAGAUACUGUACCUUUAAUAGAAAAUGACUCAAAAGUGCACGUCACCCAGUAAAUUACUACUCGAGUAAUUGGUUUUAAAUAUACUUAAGAUUCAAAAGUAAAUGUAAUUGCAAAAAUAUACUUAGUGCAUUCAGAAAGUAUUCAGACCCCUUGACUUUCCACAUUUUGUUACUUUA